UCAUGAGUGUAAGACACAGUUCGCGUGUUCCGUAGGAGUUUGGUGAGCACUGUAAGCAUACAUGGAUGAGCGGGAACAGUCCGUCAUGUUUACUCUGAGCAUCUGCUAGUCGUUAGGGGCGUUCUGGUCUGACUCAAGAGUUGAGGUUCCAGUAUAUUAAUUCUUUGACAAAUCGAGAUAUAAUGGAGUUGUAGAGACCGCAGUCGUAGCAGAAAGCUGGGCAGGGUGUUCCUACAAACAUGUGUUAUGACUGACUGUACGAAUUGUGCAUAGAUGCGUCGCAAGUUCAUACCAAUGCCAGCUACGUUUUCUAUUUACGAAACGUUCGCGUAGUGUCCUCCCACGCUCUGCAACUGUGGCUGCCCACGUGUAGUAAAACGGUGAGCGGUUAGUGAUCGAGGCAGGCAGCCAUUUAAAAAUCCCAUGUCACAAAUACAAAAAAGUAAAAGCGCUUUUGUUUUUCCGUUUCGAGGUUUGCGAAACAUUUCAGCCAUCCCACUCGCAGGUUAGGACAAGUGCAUCGCAACGCGCAGAUGGUUCUCAACAGCUGGAAUUGCACACCAUACUACAGCUCAUGCCAAAUAAACAACUAAAAAAGAGAUAAUACACUUGGACUGAAAGUACCACGGGCACAUCUGGUGCAUUUACGUCCAAAUGACGUCCUGACCCUUCCACGUGGUCCUUAUAGAUGUAGGCUUUCGGAAAACAAUAAAAACAAACAAAAGACAGGGUGCAUUUUUGUUUUUAAUCUUCAUUAAAAAAACACAUCUUUUCGAGUACGGAUAGUACAAUUGUCUCUUGCAUCAAAUGUCAUUUUUUUUAAAUACAAGUUUGUUGGCGUCAUGCAUCGAGUUCCGGCAUGUGUGAGUUGCAGCUGUGCCCCGAUCCUCAGAAUCUCUCAAAUUUAGAGCAGCUCAUACGAAUCCGUAUUGUCAAGAUGGCCGGGUCGUCAAUCUGCUUCCCACUCCUGGCAACAAUGUUCCAAUGGGCGACAGCUUCAAGCUCAGAAUGCGACCAGACACCCCUCGCCACGUUCGACCUGAACAAGAUGAUAAACUGCGGCUUCAACGGCGAGUCCUGGUCCAUCUCCAACGUUCCAGGCGAGCCGCUCUUCUGCGGGGCGAAUAUCAUCGACAAGACAAGCGACGGAAACCUACUUUCAUACGACAUCGACGGACGAACCUGCAACAGGCUGCCGUUCAUCUACAGCGUCCGAAAUGGCGCCAAUGAAACGAACUUCCUUGAGCGUGACCUUGGCAAUGGAGUCAGCCGCUACGUGACCUACAAGAGCACCUGGACGAGCGCUGGAAAAGACCAACUCGCAGCCAAAGCUGCCACAAACUCGGCCCUAGAUUUCGUCCAGGACUACACGUUCGACUGCGCGAACGGAAAUGUCUAGUCUCCAAUCUGCGAGUCAGCGCCGAAAGCAGUGCCGAACACGUAGGCGAGUAAUUAUAAUGCAAUUAAAUGCAAAGGUGCAAGCGAGCUGCACAAUAAUGAUGAAAAUAAUCCCUGGAGAAGGGGAACAAGAGGGACAGUAUCGCUUCAAGAUCUCGUACUGGCGACACCGCCGCUCGAGGUGUUACGGACAUGAGCGAGCAUCACCAGGGGGUUGUGCCAUCACUUCAAAGCCAACCGACAGCCGCGAUGAAGAUGGUCGCCUGUAAAUUUGCCCAGUUCUUUUGGUAACUCGGUUAGUAUGUGCAAUCCACUUACAACGAUACCACAUAUAACAAUUUGCCGCUUUUAACGAUCAGUUUGUAAGAGUUUCUAGGCUAGAAACUAUCAAUUUCCAGUCCAUAUACCACGAUAAUCGGUUAUAACGAUUGA